AUGUUGGCAAGAACAAGACUGGCUCCAAUAAAGACAACCACCAUCCCCAGACUGGAGUUGUCAGCAGAAUUGCGGAAGGAGCUCUCUUUACCUAUUGAUGACUCCGUGUUCUGGACUGAUAGUACUAUUGUUCUGCAGUACAUCAAAAACACCUCCCGUCGAUUCCACACAUUCGUUGCGAAUCGAGUGGGGAUUAUACACAAAAAUUCAUCUCCCCAACAGUGGAGACAUGUAAGAUCAGAGCUCAACACAGCUGAUUCUACUUCCAGAGGUCUAUCAGCUAUAGAGUUAAUGCAAAGAAAGGAUUGGAAGGAAGGGGCAGAAUUUCUCCUCUUACCUGAAACCUCCUGGCCUCUUCCACCAGAACUUCCUGGGAUUUCAAAUGAUGAUCCUGAAGUUAAAAAUAUGACAAUAUCAUUUGCAGCUGGCGCAAUUAAAGUCGCACCUGUGGACCCACUGUUUGAGCGAUAUUCCUCGUGGUAUAAGCUGCAGCGAAUUGUAGCAUGGCUACGUAGAUUCUGUUCAGCAUGCAGAAAAAAGUGUUCACACCAGGACUCUAACCUCAACGUUAUGGAGAUCCAAGCGGCAAGGAUGGUUAUCAUCAGACAAGUGCAAAUGACCUGCUUUGCUGAAGAGUUGGACAUAUUGAAGAGAAGAAAAAAUUUGAAGGCAAGCCGCCUUUAUCGUUUGGAACCCCACUUGGAUGACCAGCGCAUGUUACGUGUAAGUGGACGGAGAGUCGAUGAAUAUAUCGACCAGAAUUCUAAAAGGCCACUGAUCUUACCGAAAGAUCAUCCUGUAACCGCCUUAAUAGUUCAAGACAUUCAUGUGUUCCAUGCGAGGCACUCUGGCAGAGAACACACCUUAGCAGAAUUACGGAGGAAAUAUUGGAUAGUGGCGGGUAGGCCUUUAGUCGACCGAAUACUACGUAACUGUUUCACCUGCCGGAGAGUAAAUAGCAAACCCCUGACUCAGAGGCAAGGAGAUUUACCUGUUGAGCGAGUUACACCGUGGCACCCCCCUUUCUACCACACUGGAGUGGAUUGUUUUGGCCCAUUUCAUGUAGUAUGUAAAAGACACACAGAGAAGCGAUAUGGUUGUGUCUUUACAUGCUUCAGCACCAGGGCUGUCCAUAUUGAACCCUUGAAGUCUCUAGAUGCUAGCACCUUUCUCAACGCACUUAUGUGCUUUAUAGCUCGUAGAGGAACCCCUAUGAAGAUCUACUCUGAUAGAGGAACAAACUUCUUGAGGGCUGAAAAGGAGCUCCGAGCAACAGUUCAUGCCUGGUCUAAGAACAAAUCCAUUGAUGACACAUGUAAACAGAGGGGCAUUGAGUAG